AGCGAGAGGCUGGAACUUCCUGUGUGCAAUCUCUGUUCACCCGUUUUACAUACUGUACACAGGAAUAUUUUCGGAGCUGCAAAGUGAGAAGGAGGGAGUGUAUGGCUAUUUAGAGAGAAAGUCCUCAGUGCAGAAUUAGUAAAUGCAGAUUGUUUACAUCAGUCGGAUAAGCUUUUCCUUCUUCUGCGCACUGUGGCGGCGGUUGCCUCGACUCACCCUCGCCGCAGAUAGCGUCAGUGGAGCUGGCCAUGGGGCCGUGAUACAGCCCCGGCCCUGACGGAGGAUCUGCGUUGCUUGAGAAAAGAAACAUUAUUUACUUUCCUGACUGCUGCAUGAAACAAGAGCGAUAUCAAGGAAAAAACGGCUUUUUUCUAACUGAAAUAUUGUUCCAAGACAAUUGCAUGAUCUGAUAUUUGAGGGAGUGUGUUGAUGUGCCGACCAAGCUGACCGAGAUUAUUAUGGCUGUUCUAAAACUCGUCGAGCAGCCUCCGCUGGUUCAGGCCAUCUUCAAUGGAGACCCUGAGGAGAUACGUAUGCUCAUCUACAAAUCGGAAGACAUCAACGCUCUGGAUGCAGAUAAGCGCACCCCGCUCCAUGCUGCAGCCUUCCUGGGUGAUGCUGAGAUCACUGAGCUUCUCAUCCUCUCCGGGGCACGGGUCAACGCCAAAGACAGCAUGUGGCUCACCCCUCUCCACCGCGCUGUGGCGUCCCGCAGUGAGGAGGCGGUUCGCGUGCUGAUCCGUCACUCUGCUGACGUGAAUGCGCGGGAUAAGAACUGGCAGACGCCGCUUCACGUUGCCGCGGCCAACAAGGCCCUGCGCUGCGCUGAGGUCAUCAUCCCCCUGCUGAGCAGCGUCAACGUGUCGGACCGCGGGGGGCGCACCGCCCUGCACCACGCCGCCCUCAACGGGCACACUGAGAUGGUUAACCUGCUACUGGCUAAGGGAGCCAACAUUAAUGCCUUCGAUAAGAAAGAUGGCCGCGCCCUGCACUGGGCAGCAUAUAUGGGUCAUCUGGAUGUAGUGUGUCUGCUGGUCAGCCAGGGGGCAGAGGUCAGCUGUAAGGAUAAACGUGGUUACACUCCACUACACACGGCCGCUUCUAAUGGUCAGAUCGCUGUGGUCAAACACCUACUCAACCUGGCCGUGGAGAUAGAUGAGGCCAAUGCGUUUGGUAACACAGCUCUGCACGUGGCAUGUUUCAACGGUCAGGAUGCUGUGGUCAGUGAGCUGAUAGACUACGGGGCUAACGUCAGCCAGCCCAACAACAAGGGUUUCACCCCACUGCACUUCGCUGCAGCCUCCACCCACGGAGCCCUCUGUCUGGAGUUCCUAGUCAACAACGGGGCUGACGUCAACGUCCAGAGUCGGGAUGGGAAGAGCCCCCUCCACAUGACAGCGGUCCACGGCCGCUUUACUCGCUCCCAGACACUCAUCCAGAAUGGUGGUGAGAUUGACAGUGUGGACAAGGAUGGAAACACUCCUCUUCACAUCGCUGCUCGCUAUGGUCACGAGCUCCUCAUUAACACACUCAUCACCAGCGGAGCCGACUGCACAAGACGAGGGGUCCAUGGUAUGUUCCCUCUGCACCUAGCUGCUAUGAACGCCCACUCAGACUGCUGCCGGAAGCUGCUCUCCUCAGGAAGGAGGUAUAGCAUAAUGUGUCCCCUCAGUAACGACCCCUCAUCCUCGGCCCUGUCUGCAGGCUUCCAGAUCGACACCCCAGACGCACUGGGGAGGACCUGUCUACACGCUGCCGCCGCCGGGGGUAAUGUGGAGUGUGUGAAGUUGCUUUUGAGCAGCGGUGGGGACCACAACCGGAGGGACAAGUGUGGCAGGACCCCUCUCCACUAUGCAGCGGCCAGUCGUCACUAUCAGUGCCUGGAGACCCUGGUGUCGUGUGGGACCUGCAUUAACGCCACUGACCAGUGGGGGCGCUCUGCCCUGCACUACGCAGCUGCCUCUGACCUGGACAGGAGGCGACGUCAGGCUCUGGAGCCAGAGAGUGAAGGGGUCCAGGCAGAGAAGGAGAAGGAGGCUGCACUAUGUCUGGAGUUCCUGUUGCAAAGUGGUGCUACUGCCUCUCUGAAAGAUAAGCAAGGCUAUAGUCCUGUCCACUAUGCUGCAGCCUAUGGCCACAGACACUGCCUGGAGCUGCUGUUGGACCGAGACGAGAGUCACCAGGAGGACCCAGAAUCUCAGAGUGCCAGGAGCCCCCUGCACCUCGCUGCAUACCACGGCCAUGCCCAGGCUCUGGAGGUGUUGCUGCAGGGGGAGAGGGAAGUGGACCAGGGUGACGAGGCUGGUCGUACUCCACUUGCCCUAGCGGCCCUCAGGGGCCACACUGACUGUGUCCACACCCUCCUCAGCCAGGGGGCCUCGCCACGCACCACAGACACCAACAGGGGACGCACCCCUGUACACCUAGCAGUGAUGAAUGGUCAUACGUCGUGUGUGCGCCUCCUGCUGGAUGACCAAGACAGUGCAGACCUGGUGGAUGCCGCUGACUCUCGUGGACAGACUCCUCUGAUGCUGGCGGUGGCAGGGGGACAUGUGGACGCUGUGUCUCUGCUGCUGGAGAGAGAGGCUGUUGUAGACACAGCAGACAGCCAUGGCCUGACCGCCCUGCACCUUGGGUUGCUGUGUGGUCAGGAGGAGUGUGUCCAGUGUCUGUUGGAGCAGGAGGCCUCUGUGUUGCUGGGGGACUCCAGGGGCCGAACAGCCCUCCAUCUGGCUGCAGCGAGGGGCCACGCAUCCUGGCUCGCUGAGCUGCUGAGUAUCGCUUGUUCUGAACCACCCAUGCCCCCCCUCCGAGACCACCAGGGGUACACCCCCCUGCACUGGGCCUGCUACUAUGGUCACGAGGGCUGUGUGGAGGUACUGCUGGAGCAGAAAGGUUGUCGCUGUAUCGACGGGAACCCCUUCACUCCCCUGCACUGUGCUGUGGUGAAUGAUCAUGAAUCCUGUGCCUCACUACUGCUGGAGGCAAUGGGAUCAGACAUCGCCAGCUGUAAGGAUGCUAAGGAUAGGACUCCACUCCAUGCUGCAGCGUUCUCUGGUCAUGUGGACUGUGUCCAGCUGCUUCUGUCCCAUGAUGCACCUGUGGAUGCUGUCGACCAAUCAGGGCGCAGUGCGCUGAUGAUGGCUGCAGAGAAGGGAGGAGUGGGAGCUGUAGAGGUGCUGUUGACCAGUGCCAACGCCAGCCUGGGUUUGGUCGACCAGAAUGGCAACACAGCCCUCCAUCUGGCCUGCAGUAGCGGAAAGGAGGAUUGUGUUCUGUUCAUCCUGGAGAGGCUAAAGGACACUGUUCUCAUAGGUGCCACAAACGCAGCACUGCAGACGCCCCUCCACCUAGCGGCUCGUAGCGGUCUGAAACAGGCUGUCCAGGACCUGCUGUCCAGGGGGGCCAGUGUUCAGAUGUUGGAUGAGAAUGGUCUGACGCCUGCUCUAGCUUGCGCUCCUAGCAGGGAGGUGGCUGACUGUCUGGCUCUCAUUCUGGCUACCAUGAUGCCUUUCUACUCCCCUUGCAGCUCCGGAGUCCCCUCCCCAGGUUCCCUCCUGAGGGCCCUAUCCAGGCAGGACAAAGGUUCCCGGGACCCUCGUAGCCCCAAGGCCCCCUCUGGCCCCUCCAGCGAGGGAAGUGCCAGUCAGGGCACCACUGAAAACGACUCAGACUCAGAAACCUUUUGACCCCUAUGACUAUGACCUAUGACCCUGACUCUUAUCAGACUACCUGGAUGUCUGCAGAGCCACACUUUCACACCACCAACCACCCCUGAUCCCUCGCUCGUGUCCCAAGAGCAGAACCUCUCAGUGGGGGCUUAUACAGGAUUUUGUCCCCACUAAUGGCUGGAGGGAUGGAGCUCAACCUCUAAUCUAAUGUGAUCCUGCCUGCUGGUGCAUCUUCUCCAGAUCAACCUAGGUACUCCGUCUCAGCUUGGCUAUCUAUGACAGCGGCUGAGACUUUUCUUAUUAAAGCCAUUUUUUAUUGUUUGUAUGAAAAGAGGACCAGAAAAGAACCUUUUUAAAAACCUUUUUUCUUUUGGUUGGUUGAUGUACCAAAUAUUGACUUAACAUAUAGUUAAAACAAGUAUAUGUAUAUUUUUGUGUCGGGUUAGGUAUACAUGGAAAGGUACAUACUGCUCUAUCUGCCCAGUGAUGUGAGUAUAGCACAAACCAACUAAAGCACAAUUCUAGAAUUCACUUAUAAGCCUAUUAUAAAGAAACAUGGUAGAAUGCAUACCCUCUAAUUACAGUGUAUGGAAUGCUCUGUGCACGAGUCGGAGUCUGGCCUUGGUGCACAGAAGUGGCACCAUUUCAACCUUGUAUGUUUCCACGCCAAUAGAAAUCAGACAUUUGGCCAUUAGUUUUUCCUGACCACAUCAACUUACCUGGAAAACUCUGGGCUGUAGUUAUUGGCUAUAGGUAACUCGGACCCAGAAUUGUUCCUGAUCCUGUCACGUGGUCAGUUAGGAACCUCCUGUCCCUAGUGUUACAGGACAACAGUGUUUCAGUAGUUUACAUGCUUAGAUACAGUAUGUCAGAUCAGGUCUCCAGUGAAGAGGUUGACACCUGUACGGUAUUUAUUAACGCUUAUAUUAUGGUACAGAAUACUGCUUGCACUUAAAAUGUAAAGGAGAGCAGGACCUUGACCACUCUUCUCUUCCCCUCCUCUCUCCAUCCCCCUUUCCCAUCUAGUCUGUUGUCUACCAACAACAAUGUGCCAGUCUAUCAAACUUGUCCAGUGCCUUGUUAAACCUUUGUAUUCAUUUUUUGUUUCAAUUUUCCAAAAAAGCGUACUCUUCUGAAAGAGUAUGCACAUUUUCCUGGUGCAUGUGGUCUCUAUUCAAUCCGUAUCGUGGAAGUUUAGCUUUACAUUUAAAGGCAAUGUUCCUGCUUUAGUGGAGACUAAAUUCACGGUAAACACUGCAUAUAUCGGCUCAAUCUGAAAUUACCUUAACAUUUCUAUAGCGGAAUCUGUCACGCUUCAACUUUACAGAUUGAAUAGAGCCCUAAAUUGUGUAUUAUGGGUGUAUGUGACUUUGAAUGGAAAAGUUUGAGAUUAGAGUUGGUUAACUCGGGGGGGUUUGUCUGCAACAAGAUGUCUAACAAAAUGAAGUUCUGCUUUUGUACAAACUGUAUGUCAUUGUAAAGCACAGCCUUGUCUGUAAUAACUAUCUCUACCACAGAGAAAGAGAACCCGAGCACACACCUUUUAAAAAGCACAGUGUUAGUUUAAUGCCUCAAGGCUUGUCGUUGAGAAUGAAAGUAAGGAAGAGAUUGGGUGUGUGUCCCAAAUGGCCCACUAUUCCCUACAUAGUGCACUACUUUUGACCAGAACCCUAUGUAGUGCACAAUAGGGAAUGUAGCCAUUUGGGAUGCAGCCAUGGGUCAGUAUUAUUAUGCCAGAGGGAGCAUCACACCACUAGUCAGUUGUGACAAUCGUAUUGGAUUGAUUUUCAUACCAGUUCCUGAUGCAGUAUGAAAUGCGGAAGGCUGUUUGUUAGCUACCCUUUGUUUUUUUUAAUGAAUGAAUUGUACAAUUAUAAUAUAAAAAUCUGUUUUAAUUUA